AUGAUAAGUUCUGAUGUUAUCAAGAGAGCGAAUCCAGCUGAUGAUUAUGAGCUUCUUCAACGGGUAGGAUCUGGAACAUAUGGAGAAGUUUACAAAGCACGCCAUAUACGCACUGGUGAAUUCUCCGCUGUUAAAGUUGUAAAAUUAGAAGCUGGAGAUAAUUUUGCUGUUAUCCAACAAGAAAUAUUAAUGAUCAGAGAAUGUUCACAUCCAAAUAUCAUCGCUUAUCAUGGCAGUUAUCUCAGACGAGACAGGCUAUGGAUUGUCAUGGAGUAUUGUGGUGGUGGCUCUUUACAAGAUAUUUACCAUAUGACGGGUUCCUUAACAGAACUACAAAUCGCUUUCGUGUGUCGAGAAACAUUGAAAGGCUUGAACUAUUUGCAUACAAUGGGAAAAGUCCAUAGAGAUAUUAAAGGUGCUAAUAUUCUGCUCACAGGAGCUGGAGAUGUAAAACUAGCGGAUUUCGGCGUUGCUGCGCAGAUAACAGCUACCAUAGGUAAAAGGAAAUCCUUCAUAGGAACUCCGUAUUGGAUGGCACCUGAAGUUGCAUGUGUUGAACGACGCGGAGGAUAUGGCGUUCAAUGUGACGUUUGGGCUGUCGGAAUCACUGCAAUUGAGUUGGCGGAGUGUCAACCUCCACUUUUUGAUCUUCAUCCUAUGCAGGUUCUAUACCUGAUGACAAAAAAUAAUUAUAAGCCUCCACAUCUCAAAGACAAGUAUAGAUGGUCCCCAUUAUUCCACGAUUUUGUGCGGCAGUGUUUAAUCAAGAAUCCGAAGAAAAGACCUACACCGGACAAAAUCUUGGGGAGUCAUCAUUUCGUUAUGGGCUCGUUGAGCUCUCGAAUGACUAGAGAUUUAUUGGAUAAGGUUAACGGUACUCCAUCGAGUCAUUUGAGACGAACAUCAUCUAAUACUGGAAGCGAUGAAGACGAUGAUGUUGUUUCUAACAUUCCCGGAUAUAUGAGAGCUGGUGUUGAAAACGACUCUCCGUAUACUGGCGAAGACAGUACCCUAGGGAAUCCUCUUAGUCAAAACUCGGAACGCUCUUACAAUAGUGACUGCGCUAUUCCCCCACGGGAGAUGCAACCUUUGCCCGAUGUGGUUGGAGGCGAUGCUCUUCUUCAUGAUUCUAAUGGCCUCAUAAACGAUGAUGAUGGCACUUUGAAAACCCCUAGAGCACCGCCGAGAACGUUAAGGCAAAAGCAGCUAUUAAAAUCUGGUUCAACAGAAAAUAUUUGUCUCAGACAACAGUUAGAUAGUAAUGCUGAUCGUCCUAAAACUUUUUUCGGGUUGCCGAUUACACCAAAGGUCGCAAUGGGAGCUUGCUUUUCCAAAAUGCUUUCCGAUUGUUCCUUCCGUAUUAACUGUGCUUCAUCAUGGAUUCAUCCGGGUUCAUGCAUUCAGUACAUCUUGUUAGGUUGUGAAGAGGGAAUCUAUUCAAUUGACACUAGUAAACUGCAUGAAAGUGAUAUGACAAAGAUUCAUGAUCGAAGGUGCUCCUGGAUGUAUGUACAUAAAGAUAUUCUGAUGGCUAUGCAAGGGCAUACUAGUUAUCUGUAUAGACAUGACUUAGUUGCUCUAACACAGAAGAACUUAACAUUGAAGAUUAGCAAGCCUAUGAAUAAAGUUCCUGAGAAGUAUCUGCCUAAGAAAUUGGCCAUAACUGUUAGAUUAGCAGAAACUAAGGGAGCUUUACAAUGUACUGUUUCAAAAGGGUCGGGACCACACAGUGGUUCAACGUUCCUAUGUUGUUGUGUUCCGUCAUCCGUCCUUCUCUUCCAAUGGUAUGCACCUAUGAAUAAGUUCUUGCUGAUUCGAGCGACUGAUCUAUCUCCGCUGACGCGUUUUCCACUCAAACCAUUUAAGUUGGUUAACUUGAGAAAUAGUGAUUUCCCACAAGUAUGUGUUGGUAUUCGACCAUCAUCUAGUCCAGAUUCGUAUCAGUUCGAAUUUUUGAAAUUCGGAGAUCAUAAGGUUCGAGAUCCUGAAGCUACAUUAGAAGUCACGGAUUAUGACUCUUUACUGGAAGUAGCAGGGAUGGUGCAACUGAACAGAGAAACACUAGCCUUUGCUCACAAAAACAAGAUAGUAUUAACUGAUUUAGAGGGACGUCCGCGAAAUAAACCCUCAGUUUUUACUUUCAAUUUCCAUAUUGAACAUAUCCAUGCUCUAGAAGAUUCCUUGUUAGCAUUCCAUGCUAAUGGCGUUCAGGGCAGAUGUUUGAGCAAUAACACAGUUUCACAAGACCUCUCAGAUAUCUCUAAAAUAUAUAAAGUGAUAGGUUCUGAUAGAGUUAUUGUUUUAAAAUCGCAUUCUUUGACUUCGCUCGCCUCGCAUGACGUACAUAUUCUGUUGGGACAUGAAGCCACCCCUUGUGAGUAA